AUGUCGGUUUCCAAAAUAUCGCUGCCAGACUCUGGACGGCCCCUGUCGGCGAGCGAAGAAAAGUCUCCAGCCAAAGAGGAAGGUCUUGAACAGCUGGGGUAUACCCAGGAGCUGACGCGCAAUCGAUCUCUCAUAACGCUUUUAUUCCAGACCUUGGCUAUUGCUGCCAUCCCUUACGGUGAAGGCGGUCCCUUGAUAAGCGCCAUCUAUGGUGGAGGGCCUUUGUCUAUCUUUGUCGGCUGGAUUGUGGUCUGUGUCCUAGAUGAAUGCGUCGCUCUGUCUCUUGCAGAGCUGGCAUCGCGAUGGCCUACCUCUGCCGGUCCGUACUAUUGGUCUUUCCAAAUUGCGCCUCAGAAAGCGAAAACGGCUCUGUCCUUUGUCAAUGGUUGGGUAUGGUUGAUUGGAAACUGGACAAUCACUCUUUCAGUCAACUUUGGCUUUGCGUCACUGAUAUCUGGAACAGUUUCUAUGUAUCAUCCAGAAUGGUCCGCCAAUGCCUGGCAAUUGCUUCUGAUAUUUUAUGCCAUUUGCCUAGCAUCAUUCAUCAUCUGCACAUUUGGGAAUCGCUUCUUGCCGAUGGUCGAUACCAUCUGUGCCGCAUGGACAGCUGUUAGCAUCUUGGUUAUCAUGAUUGCCAUAUCUGUCAAAGCUGAUGUCGGCCGCCACGAUGCCGCCUAUUCUCUAGGUCAUUAUGAUACUACUUUGUCUGGAUGGGGUGGUUUCACAUUCUUCAUUGGAUUACUGCCGGCGGCAUAUUGUUUCUCGGCUGUGGGCAUGAUAUCUUCCAUGGCUGAGGAGUGCGCCAAUGCAGUGGUCAAAGUGCCACAGGCCAUUUCUCUGUGCAUUCCAGUGGGUGGAAUUGCAGGCUUGUUCUUCAUCAUUCCCAUUUGUGUCACUUUACCUCCUCUUGAAGAUAUCAUACAAGCUCCUGCAGGCCAAGCCUUACCAUACAUCUUCAAUGUCGUGAUGGGCAGCCCUGGCGGAGGACUUGGUUUGAUCUUCUUAGUCCUUGCCAUUACACUUUUUUGCUCAAUCAGUAUAACUGUUGCUGCUUCGCGAGCAACCUGGGCAUUUGCUCGAGAUGAUGCCAUUCCUUUAUCCAAGGUCUGGGCUAGAGUCAAUCCCCAACUCGGAGUACCAGUCUGGUCCCUGGUUUUAGUGACCAUUAUCCAAAUGCUCCUGGGCCUCAUUAACCUCGGCAGUUCAAGUGCUUUUACUGCCUUUGUCUCUGUCGGCGUUGUCGCUCUGGCUAUCAGUUACGCGAUUCCCAUCGGCACAAGUCUCUUCCACAAACGUGAGGAAGUCAACAAAGCUCGCUUUACGUGUGGACCUAUCAUUGGACCCAUCAUCAAUAUUGUUGCUUUGUUGUGGAUUGCAUUUGAGCUUGUGCUCUUCUGUAUGCCCACUGCUCUGCCUGUUACCAAGGUGAGUAUGAAUUAUGCAUCUGUGGUCUUUGUUGGGUUCAUGAGCAUCUCUGCCUUCUGGUAUGGGGUUUAUGCACGGAAGUCAUACAAAGGGCCUCCUGCAUCGGAUGGAUUGUGA